AUGUUCACCUCCAUGCCCACGGUGGCUCGUGCGGCGCCCAGCACAGGCCGCGCCUUCACGCCCGUGGUGUGCAAGGCUGGUCAGGACAGCCGCAAGGCGCGUACUGCCAAGCGGCACCAGAGCAUCCGCAAGAAGGUCAGUGGUACCACUGAGAGGCCGCGCCUGGCGGUGUUUCGGUCGAACCAGCACAUCUACGCUCAGGUGAUUGACGACACCCGCAGCAUCACCCUGGCGGCGGCGUCCACCCUCACCCCGGACGUCAAGGCGGCAGUGGAGGGGAACGGCGGCACCGUGUCGGCAGCGGAGGCGGUGGGCAAGAAGGUGGCUGAGCUGGCGCAGGCAGCUGGCAUCAGCAAGGUCGCGUUUGACCGCGGCGGCUUUGCCUACCACGGCCGCAUCCAGGCCCUCGCAGACGGCGCCCGCGGCGCCGGCCUCCAGUUCUGA